AUGACCAUGUUCAGGACAAAAAAUAAUCGGGACAGUGACCAUCUUUUAGUGAUGGACAUAGAUGGUCAGUCUCUUGAUGAAAACAAUCGCCAUGGCAACACCUCGACCUUCUUCGUGACCCUGAGUCUCCUGGUCACUGUAAUAUGUGAGAGGCUUGCCUACUAUAGCGUUUACGCUGGACUCAUUCUCUUCUGCACAAGUAAACUGGACAUCGGUCAAGCGAACGCCACUACAGUCCACCUGGUCUUUGAUGGAUUUGUGUAUAUCAUUCCAAUCAUUGGAGGUUUUCUGGCUGACUCCUACCUGGGUAGGUUCAAAACUAUUUGGAUAUCAUCGCUGAUUUACAUUGUUGGCGUGUUUCUGCUACCAGCCGCGGCGAUAGAAUACAACAACUGGAACUGGACUGAGCUGUCUGUGACUGGCAGAACUGCCCUGUUUGGCACGGCCUUGGUGUGCGUGACACUCGGCACUGCAGGGCUCAGGGCUAAUGUGGGACUUUUCGGAGCAGAACAGAUUGAAUCGCUAGGGAAGGACGCUAUCCAGACAUUCUUCAAUUGGUUCUACUGGGGGAUCAAUGUUGGCGCCUUUAUCGCCUACGUUGGUGUGGCGUACAUUCAGCAAGGAGUGAGUUUUGCCUGGGGGUUCUUCGUUCCGUUAGUCAGCAUGGUGUUGUCGCUGACUGUCUUCGUGGCCGUUAAAUCUAGAUACGUCAGGACCAAACCAAAAGGUAGUAUUCUAACAACAGGAUUCAGCAUUUGUGCACAAGGAUCGAGAAGAGUAAACAUCGGUUCGUGUGGUAAAAAGGAAAUGUUGUCAUCAGCCAAGAGAAGUCAUGGAGGGGACUUUGAAGACCACUUGGUGGACGGUGUGGUCAGUGUUAUUAAGGUCACCCCCUUCUGUUUGCUGGUCAUUUUGUACUGGGCCAUGCAAUCUCAAAUGUACAGCACAUUCUUUGCCCAGUCCGAGAGGAUGGACGUCAGUAUGGGAGGCGGCGUUAAUGUCCCAGUAGCAGCACUCAGCGUCUUCAAUACUAUAGCCAUCAUUAUCAUGAUACCCAUCGUAGACAGGCUUAUCUACCCCUGCUUCAACAAAAUGGGAAAACCUUUGACCUACCUAAAACGAAUAGGUAUUGGCUUUAUUUUUGCCACUCUAAGCAUGAUCGUAGCAGGUAUCGUGGAGAUACGCAGGAAGGAGUACUUGGACAGAGCCAAUCCAACCAUCCAAAACCUGGGUGGCCAGAACUUCAACGCCUCUACCAUGUCGGUUUUUGUUCAAAUCCCACAGUUUGCUUUAGUUGGAGUCAGUGAAAUAUUCACCAGUGUCACUACUAUGGAGUUUGCCUAUAACCAAGCGCCAGUCGCCUUGCAGGGUCUGUUGACUGGACUUUUCAUUGCAGCUUCUGGCGUUGGAAACUGGGUCUCGACUGCUAUCCUGGCUAUCGUGGAAAGUGCAACUGAAGGAGAUCCCUGGUGGGCAGACGAGAUAAAUGACUGCAAGAUGGAGAACCUGAUGUUUCUUCUAGCCGGACUGAUGGCCUUGGAUUUCAUCAUCUUCUGCAUUGUGGCACACUUCUACACCUACCAGGACCCGGCCAAGUUUGAGAAGACUGUUGGGGUCCCAGUGUCAGGGAAAUCAGACACUGAUGGUUCUCCCAGCAAUGACCUCCCUCCUUCCUACUACAAUACAUUUAACAACCAGCAUACACAUCAGACAGUGAAAACUUCAGAUGGAACAACACCAUUUUGAUCCGUUCCGAUGCUU